AUGGCAACCUAUCUGACAAGGAUGCACCACAUUUCGCUCCACGUUUCCAACGUGGACAAAAUUAACAACGACUUUGUCUCCAAAUUUAAGUUUCACUUAAUCGCGACCAGACUGACGGACCGUAGCAGACAGCUAGCCUUCAGAACUGGGUCGGCAGUUUUAGUCGUCAACGAGAGGAGAGGAAAUCGAAGCACUGCCUCCGCGAUGGAUGGAAAUCCCGUGGUCGUUGUAGACACACUUUCCCAGAAGCAGAACCGGGACCAGCUGGCAGGAUGCCUCUACGACAUCAGCCCGCACUACCCGGUAGACACUGCGUGCAACGUGUGCUACGAGGUGGAGGACGUGCAUGGGUCGUUCGAUGCUCUCCAGCGCCUGGGUUGCACCUUCUUGGUUCCUCCUACCACUGUGCACGACCAGCAAGGUCAGGUCAUCUAUGCUGUUCUUAAAUCCAUCGUUGGGAAUGUCUGCCACACGUUAAUUGACAAGACAAAGUACAAGGGGAGCUUUUUGCCUGGCUUCAACCUCGUUGACAAGGACCACAGCACCUCUGGAGAUGACUGUCAUGUCACACAUGUGGACCACAUCACCCUUGCGUGCCCCAUUGGGUUCAGCCAGCAGGUCAUGAGGUGGUACAAGCAGGUUUUUGGCUUUCAGAGGUUUUCCGUUAACAGAAAUGACAACGUGGAUGAUGGUUUCGUCAUCCAUCACAACAGGAAGGGAAUUCGACUGUACAUACUGGAGUACUUAAAAUGCCCCGAAACGAGUCUCGCCAUUCCCUGCGAGGAUAAACAUGAGCUCGACUGCAAGUUUGUUGUUGCGGAAUCACUGCCUGGUGAAGCUCUUUCAGAGAGGAACCAGGUGGACACCUUCUUGGAGGAGCAUUGGGGCGCAGGGAUCCAGCACAUUGCACUGCACACGAGUGACAUCCUGUCUACAACGCAAACAAUGAUGGAUGCUGGCGUGCCUAUUUUGUUGCAUCCUGCUGACUACUAUGCCGAGAGUGAAAAACUGCAGGAGAUCCUGGAUAUAGGAUACGACCCCCAGAAGAUGUGCAAGCUUGGCAUUCUUCUGGACACGGACACGGAAGAGGAGUUGUUAGCCGGCCAGGCCAGAAAAUACCUCCUCCAGGGGUUCACCAAGCCCCUCUUUGAGGAGGACACCUUCUUCCUGGAGCUGAUUGAGCGCAGAGGGGUGGCCGGCUUAGGUGAAGGCAACAUCAAGGCCCUGUGGGACUGUAUGCAGAAUUACAUGGACGGUGCAAACGGGAAGGAUGCUCCAAAAACUGCCCCGUAA